CAAAAGUUGACAGCAGAUAAUCACCAUGGCAUCAGCAAGUCUGCAGUUCUUUGCUUUUAUUCUGGCUUUGUUUGGUGUUUUUGGAGAUAUCACAGCCACCUUGCUACCAAACUGGAAGGUAAAUGCAGAUGUUGGUUCGAAUAUCAUAACAGCUAUAACACAGAUGCAAGGACUUUGGAUGGACUGCACAUGGUACAGCACCGGGAUGUUUAGCUGUACCCUAAAAUACUCCGUUCUCUCCCUCCCCGUCUACAUCCAGGCUGCACGGACCACCAUGGUACUGUCAUGUAUCCUAUCAGCCUUUGGGAUCUGCAUCACUACAGUUGGAAUGAAGUGCACAAAGUUGGGAGGGGACACUGACAGCAAAAGUCACGCUUGUUUUGCUGGAGGGGUCUGCUUCAUUCUUGCAGGAAUUUUUGGAUUAGUACCAACAUCCUGGUAUACAAGAGAAAUAAUUUCAAAUUUUCUGGACCAGACUGUUCCAGAGAGCAGUAAACAUGAACCAGGAGGAGCGGUUUACACAGGAUUUAUUUCAGCAGGGUUUCUGCUUAUCGCAGGUGUUAUCUUCUGCACUUCAUGUUUUAAAAAGCAGCAAGGAGCAUGGAUUUACCCUCCAAAGCAGCACCAUUUCCCAUCUGCAGAGCAGGACAGCAACGCAGGUUACAACCUGAAGGACUAUGUGUAAAUGCAGUUAUUUCUAUCCAUUGAUGCCUUUUUUUUUUGUGCUAAGUGUAGCUUGAUUAUUUCAAAGAAUGUAUAACAUAGCACUUUUCUUACAUCUGAGCUGAAGUUAUGUUUAAGUAAAGUAUUUCAUUUAUAGCAGCAUCCACAAAAGGAAUGAAGUUAAGAAAUAAUGCUUAAGUCUGCUCCAAGAGUACUUUUUUCUUGAUUUUUCAAACCAUUCUUUUUGACUUUCCAAGUAACAUUUAUUGAAGAAAAAAGGAACUAUUUUAAAACAUAACUGACAGUACAGUUAAUGUAUUGAUGGCUUAUUACAACAAAGAUGCUUAAAAACUAACUGCCUUCUAUUUAGCAAAUCAGGCUAUCAAUAACAUACAAUGUUUUAUAGCAUAUUUUACAUUUUUAUCUUUAUUUUAAUUAUGGUGAAAGGAAAAAAAAAACAACAACCCAGCCACUCUUUGUCCAAGGAGCCAAAUUGAAUGAUUUUUAAAUAGCAGACCAAUCUGCCUUUCAUUUUCAGUUCUAAAUUGCCUCAGUAACUAGAUUUCUUAAAAUACAAAACAAAAAAACACACACAAAACCCCCAAAACAAAACCCACACCAAAACCCCAUAAGACCCAAACCUUAACUGCAUUGUAUAUUCUGCAUAUCAGGCUGAAGAAUCAGCAGUACCAUUCAAAUCUUGCCAAAAAUGGCUCUCCCGCCCCAAACUGCCACCUGCUGUGGGUUUCAUUUAUUAUUGUUAAAGAAAUGUCUGCUCUGCAUUCACCAAUAGCUACUAAUCUAUCACUACACAAUGAAUGUUAGAUGUGAGGAGUAAUACAACAACAGAAAUGUAACCAUGACUAUGAAAACACCUGCACACUGUAAUACGCAGGAUGCAAACUAAAUUAUCUAUGUUCAAGAAAAAUCUGGAAACGUUCUGACUUACACUUCCUCAAAGUAGCUUUUAACAGCUCAAAUAAUAGAGCUACCACUUAUUGUCUUCUAUGUUCCUGGCCUUCUAAAAGAACUUUGUAAGUCUUUUUAAUUAUUACUUUAGGGUCUGUUUCAGGCCUACACCCACAUAUUUUAUUACUGUAAAACGUAAUAUACAAUGGUGAUAAAGAGACAAGUAACUCCCUUAUUUUGAUUAAUAAUCUUAGAUCCUUUAACCUUUUCUUCCAACACACAAAUUUUGUUUUGUAUUGAUCACUGGCAGAGUAUGGUCUAUCUAAAUGCUUCCCUAAACGAGAAUCAAAUUGAUGUUAAUUUGCUAGCAUUGGUAAGAGAAUGAAAGGGGUAUGACACAGGCCUUUAAAUUGAGGAAUAUCAUAAUGCUGGACAAGUCUUUUAACAAGACCAACUGCUAUUUAUUUGUCUACAACUUUCAUUUCCCAUAUUAUUAGCCUGAAAUUCACUAAAACAGUACGAAGGGGCCUUGACAUUAUAUGUACAGUUUGAUGGAAAAAGAUCUUUUGUUAUAGCAUUUGAGAAAGUGAAAUGUUUUAUGCAUCUAAUGUGUAAAGAGGCUUUAUUCUAAUACACAUAGAAUGGAAUUACAUCUUGCUUGUGUUACUACUGUUACACAACUGCUUUGAGUUUCCUAUGUAUUCAUCAAGGAGCUUGUUUUGUACUAACCCUAAUGCUAGUAGCAGUAGUUAUUCAGCACUGCAGAGACUUAACUGACCAAAAAGACAAAUUUUCUUUGCUUAGACAGUGCUGUGCAGCACCAUUCCACUCCAUAAACCAAGAGUCUUUUGCAUCUCAACAUUCAUAGUAUCGUUGAAAUAAUAUUCAUUUAAUGAGCAAAUGAGGUAAACAACUCAUUCCCAAAAACAUGCAUCUCCACCUGUUGUAAGGAUUUUGACAUAACACUAAUGUGUGAUCAUUGCUAUGUAUGUGAAUUAAAACUAACACUGUAAAAUAAGAACCAACAGCAUUUUUACAGGACAGCAUAAGGGAAGGGUAAGAAUUGCAAACCAUAAGCAAAAUGGUUACAAAAGCAGUAAAUUUUAUACAGAGGUACCUAAACUUCUUUGUAUACCUAUGACACAAAAAUCAAGCACUGAGCCAUUUUGUUCACAGUAUGCUGAAGAGCUUUCCAUGAAAACAAAGAUUCUAUCAGAAAUGGUAAUAUCUAAACCCACAUGUCAGUCUACAGCUAAAAGAACAGGGACAAAGCACAGGAUCCACGUAAAACAGAAGUUUGAAGGAAAUAAAAUACAUUGAAAACGGGUGCUAGGUCUGUCUGAAAAAUUCGUACUUUCUGCUUUUGCAAUAUAAAUGGUAUUUGUUUUAACUCAAAGAAAUAUAUUAAAGAUAUGCUUCCCUUCAAUGGUACUGCCUUUUUUAUUCAACAAAGCACCGACUGUAGGAUUUGAUUAUACUAAGACAUUUGUCACAAUUGUAUGAGUUACCUCUCCCUUGGCCAAUUGUGGCCUUUUCAGCACAGGAAAACAGGAAUAUCAGGUACAGCUUCCUAAUUCUGAGACACCAUCUGCACAAGACUUUAGACUACGCUAGCUCUACUAUGCCAUCACAUUGCAUCCACAGCUGAGAAACCAUCACAAAAUUGGUAUUUUGGCCUUCCUGGAGACUAUUUCACAUAUUUAAUGGGGAGAUGACAUACUGAAAUUAUGUUUCGUUCACCUAGGAGACAGGAAAAAAAACAACCCUCUACUAAUCUAAAAACUCACAGCAAAAAAUGUCUUAAGCAUGGUCAUUUUUCUUCACAACAGACUGCUGUCACGACUAAUAACUGAAUACACUUGAUCAGUUACUUGCUCAAAAAAUACUAACAGAAUUUUAAAUUAUCAUCAGAAUAUGCUGAGAUAGAGGCCUUAAAAUUUGCUGUGAUAAAAAGAGAGAGAAUAACCUUUCAAAGGUUCUCAAGAGAUAAGCCUGAAGAGUAAAAAGACCAGAAGAUAGACUGUGGUAAGGAAGAAGUGAGAUGUAUUGAUAAGCUGAACCAACAAGUUUAAGAGGAACUUUCAGAAGCUGCAAGUUCAUUUCUGAAACAGAAGAGUACAUUUCCAUGUGCAUUCAGGGAAAACUGACCCCACUUAGUGUCAGGCACACAUUUUUACAUAACAAAUCAAUCAAUCAAUAAAAUACACUCUUGCCCAAAACACAAUUUAUUAAUUUUUGAUUCCUACAAUCAUAAUGGCUAUUGAUAAAAAAAGUAGACAAGAGGACAGCAAAGAGACUGUUCUCUACUCAAGAACAGAUAAGAGGGAGAAAAGAUUGUUACUUUUUUAAAUAGGCAGUGGGAUGUAACUGACAAAGUGCUAUAGUGAAUAGGAGGGAGUUAAAUAUGUU